CCCAACCCGGAAGUGCCCGCGGGGCCGGUGCGAUGGCGGCGGCGGCGGCGGUGCUGCGGCUGGGGCUGCGGGCGGUGGGGCUGCGGACCCCGGCCAGCGCUGCCUGGAGGAGCCUUCUCGGGGUGCCGCCGCGCCCAGGGGUGGCCUGGAGGCCAAGCCGGUGUGGCAGUUCUGCAGCAGAAGCACCUGUCACAAAAGCAGGAGAUGACUCCUUUCUCAAGUGGUUCCUGCUUCUCAUCCCUGUGACUGCUUUUGGCCUGGGGACCUGGCAGGUCCAGCGUCGGAAGUGGAAGCUGAAACUGAUAGCAGAGUUGGAGUCUCGAGUCCUGGCUGAGCCCAUCCCUCUGCCAGCAGACCCGAUGGAACUGAGAAAGCUGGAGUAUAGGCCAGUGAGGGUCAGGGGCCAUUUUGACCACUCCAAGGAGCUGUACAUGAUGCCCCGGACCAUGGUGGACCCUGCCCGCGAGGCCCGGGAGGCCGGCCGCAUCUCCUCCUCCACCGCAAGUGGGGCCUAUGUGGUUACCCCCUUCCACUGCAUUGACCUGGGAGUCACCAUCCUGGUAAACAGAGGGUUUGUCCCCAGGAAAAGAGUGAAUCCCGGUACCCGGCAGAAGGGCCAGAUUGAAGGAGAAGUGGACCUGAUUGGGAUGGUGAGACUGGCAGAAACCAGGAAACCCUUUGUCCCCGAGAACAAUCCGGAAAGGAACCACUGGCAUUACCGCGACCUGGAGGCCAUGGCCAGGAUCACAGGCGCAGAGCCCAUUUUCAUUGAUGCCAACUUUCAGAGCACAGUACCUGGAGGACCCAUCGGAGGGCAAACCAGAGUCACCCUGAGGAAUGAGCACCUACAGUACAUUGUCACCUGGUACGGACUCUCCGCUGCCACAUCAUAUCUGUGGUUCAAGAAAUUCCUGCAUUGGACACCUGGUGCUUGAUGACAGCUGACAUUGCCCUGUCCCUGAAUCAUUAGGAAAUCACAGAAUGACCAUUUUUCCAAACCAGUUUUAUUGUGGAUCAUGUGCUGUUGGCAUAAAUAAAGUCCUAAGCCUUUUAAAA